AUGUCUUUAAUACCAUUCGAUUUUGAUCCUGACAUUGAAGGUAUAGACCGUUACUUACAAGAAGAUGAUGACGAUCCGGCUGCCAAUUAUGAAGGUAGAUUAAAUAAUUCCAAUUGGUGUUCUUGUGGAUACUGUAAAGGCAUGCUUAGUGACAUAGAUCGUUUAUGCUGCAAUGAGUUACCAAAUUUAGAAAAAAUACGAGAACAAGAAGGGAAAUGUAUUACUUUACAUCGAUCGUUUUCGAAACUAAUAUUGGUCCAUUUAUUAAAACGCACAGGUGAAUUAUCGCGAUUAGGAAAUCUAUGCGUUCCUUUAUUGUUACUACAACCAAAUACACUACAAUACGGCAUUAUUUUCUUCGAAUAUUGA